CAUAUUCCCAGACACCGAACUGCAUACAUCUACAACAUCUUAUUUUAGCUCCUGUUAAAGCGCGUAGACACUUGCUCCCGAGCUGUUGACCAUGUCUGACGAUCGCUACGCCGAGUACAAGGAGGCUUUCACGCUGUUCGACUCCGAUGGAGAUGGCUUCAUUACCACCAAGGAGCUCGGGACAGUGCUGCGGGCACUGGGCAAGUCACCUACUGAGGCAGAAAUUAAGGCGAUUGUGAAGGAUAUUGACCCCGACAACCGUGGCGUGGUGGAUUACAAGGAGUUUGAGAAGAUCAUGACCCGCGACAUUCGCGAGUAUGACAAUGAGCAGGACCUGAAGGCGGCCUGGAAGGUGUUCGACAAGGCUGGCGCUGGAUCCAUCGCCACGUCGGAGCUGAAGCACGUACUGACCAGCGUGGGCGAGAAGCUGAGCCCCGAGGAGAUUGCGGAGAUGAUUGCGGAGGCGGACCCUGACAAGUCGGGCAAGGUGCUGUACGACAACUUUAUUAAGAUGAUGCUGGCUCGGUGAUUAUGCUGCCGCACUUAUGGCGGGCGAGUGGGCGCUGAAGAUGCUAGGGCAGGCUAGGAAGGCCUGCAAGAGGCAUUGCUACUAUACGCUACGUGUGGCAUAUGAGGGUACACGGCUUGCAGACGGCGACGGCAGCCCGCAUUUCGCGGCGGCGGCGACACCAGAGCAGCAGCAGCAGUAGGGCAGUGCAUGCGCGGGAUGCAGUCAAGGCGAUAGGGGACCUCGCGGGUUGCAUGACAGCGCGGCCCCGAGUGUUGGCGCACGGUACAUGGCCGACGCUGGGGCGUGGCAGCAAACCGUGGAACGUAUGACAUCUUCAGGAUGACUGUGUAGGGCGCUAGUAGACAGCAUAAUGUGCGGCUGGAAGGCACAGCAUCAAAACGGACUAGAUGGAAGAAGGCCCGAGUCUAAAAUGCAGGCUUUGUGGCGGGAAUGCAGGAUGUUGCGGUGGUCAGUGCUGGGCAAUUAGGUGACCGUGCUUGGGGAUGAUCGUCAUUGCGGACAUAGGCAAAUCAGGAAAUAGAGGCGUGGGAAGGAGCGGCGCAGGGUGUACUGCGCAGCAGGCGCUGUCGUCCCGUACCCGCCGUGCGCCAUCUCCCGCCGCUCGUUACCGUCACGAGGAAUAUACGGUAUUGCUCUCGCACGUGCGUCUGUACCUAGCAGAAUCUGCCAGCACGGCUACGUACGGCACGGCUAGAUUGCAUUGGUUACAAGAGGGACCUGCUGACGCAGUUCACGAGCCAGUGACGUGGAGAACGAACACCCUGCUCUGGCUAGCAGAGCCGUUCUAAGCCCUCCAGGCGGGGUCGCUGAGCCUUGAUGCAUCCGCGUGUUGCGUGUAUGGUGAUCGAUUCUCAGUUAAAGCUGGGCGCCAAUUGAUCAUACGGUACAACGACGACAAGGGUCUGGCACCGCUGAGACAGGCUGAGAGGUCCGGCACUUGGUCCGGCAGUGCGUCAGCGCGUGUCAGCGUGCCAACGACUCAACGGCCGCACGAGGUGAUCAAAUGGCUCAUAUGGCUGUCGGUUUCGUGUAGUUGAAACCGUG